AUGGCAACACAGGGAUCUUCGGAUGUGGUUGUGACGACAACAGCUGGUUCCACGGAUACCACCACAACUACGGAAUCGACUACUACCACAACUACCACGGAGUCUACCACAACAACUACAACAGAAGCAACUACGACAACUACUGAACCUACUACAACAACCACUACAGAACCUACUACUACUACCACUACUACGACAGAACCGACGACGACGACGACUACGACAGAAGCUACGACUACUACUACAACAACCGAGCCGACCACAACUACAACUACAGAACCUACCACUACUACCACUACUACGGAGCCAACUACUACAACAACUACAACCACUACAACCACAACAACUGAACCAACGACUACGUCCACUACUACUACAACAACGACAACAACAACGAUUGCAACAACGACUACAACUGCUGGUGAAUUUUCUUUGUUUCUCCGACUAAAGCUUUCGUAUUUCAGCUGGUUGCGACCCAACUGUUAUCAGUUAUGGAACUGGAGAUUCGAGUAGCCCGCAGGUGAAUGUCGAUGUUACCUAUUCAGAGUAAGCCUUCAUUUUUCUUCUCCUCUUCCAAUCUCAAUGUUUUCAGCUACACCACAGACGGCACGACUUCCUCAGUAACAGUCACAUGUUCCGCCAUCAACGGCUACAACGUCUACAUGCAAUUCAACGUGAACCAGGGAGGUCCGUCGGAGAACAGCUCUUAUCCGCAGAGCAUUUCGAUCACUUUGACGUGUUCCGGCACUUCAAACACCUGGUAUUACGUGGUUACUAUCAGCGGUGUCACCUACACUCGAGCCGUCACUUCGAUCACUUGCCAGCAGGCUUCCAAUUCGGGAUAG